CCGAGCUGUCGAGCAAAUCGAAGCGGCAGCUGACUGAACAGCAAACAAAAAAAUAGCUCAAAAUUAUCUAUCAAGCAAAAGCAAUAGCAAAAUAAUUGUUCUCCAUGUCCGGACCGAAUACGAAGCGGCAGCUGCGCGGAGCCAUCAAGGCAGCCAAUGCCGGUCCUCAGUCCAGCGAUGUGGCUCCAGUGGAUCCUGACGAUGAGCCCAGCACCUCGCGGCAGGCCCAGCAGGAGGAGGAAGGAUUGCGGCUGCAAUCGAAGCCUGUGAAUGCCGUCGAAUCGGGUGAGACGCAGACGCUACCCAAGCCGAGCAUCGAGUACCAUGUGCAGCAGGGCGAGAGCUCGGACGAGAGCGGCCAUCGGCUGGAUGAAGACUGCGGCUGGAAUCCCGGCGAGCUGGCGGAUCUGGACAGCAAACGGAUGAACCUAUGCAGCACUCGCUCCGACGAGGUGAGCUACUGGUCUGGCGAUGAGCAGGUCAUGCCCUUGGACUCGAUCUUUCUGAUGGCUCCCAUACCCAAACGGGAGAGCUUCUGCAGUGCUCUGAUGCGCAGCCUCAGCGACUGGACGAUGCGCAUUUUCGCCGGCUUUGGGCUGACACACCAGCAGGCAUCUUCGGCCUGGUACAAACACUGCUGGGACACACCCGGCGCCGACUACAGAGGCCACACCAUAUUGGAUCUGUGCAGCAUCAACGACACGAACGACAUCUCCGGACCCCAAGCCAGCUCCACACUCGUUGGCGAGAGCAGCACCACGAUGACCGCUCUUCAAGACUAAUCCCAAAACACUCCUUUCGCAUCUAUAUUUAUCUCCAUAAACUCCAAUAAC